UAAGUACUGCUCGAGUAGUACGAUGCCAGGAGGAGAUGAGCCAGUGUUGGGAGGUUGGGAGGCGUUUGCAGGUGCAGGCAGAGGGUUCGCGGGUAGGGUAGGCAUGGGACGGAACGGUGGUGCUGCUGGGCGAGCGAUCGGAGGUGGGGGAGGGAAUGGUGUUGGAGCCAGGGGAGCUGCAGCCGUGGGUGCAGGCGUAGGAGGACAGUUCCAGUUCCAAGUAGGAGGGAACGGUGGCGGAGGCGGAGGAGCGUUUGUAGGCGCAGCAGCCGUACGACAGUUCCCGGUGGGCGGGUACGGCGGCGGAGCUAGGGCAGCGGCAGGCGGAGGAGCGUUUGUAGGCGCGGGCGGACGACAAUUCCCGGUGGGCGGGUACGGUGGCGGAGCUAGGGCAGCGGCAGGCGGAGGAGCUUUUGUAGGCGCGGGCGGACGACAGUUCCCGGCGGGAGGAAACGGUGGUGGAGGCAGGGGAGCGUAUGGAGGUGCCGCCGGAGGACCGAUCCCAGCGGGAUGGUUGUACGGUGGUGGAGUCCCGGGAGCUGCAGUCUUGGGAGAGUUUCGAGGGUUCAGAAGGAACGACGAUGUUCUGUCAGAUGAUCUACCGUGGCAUUAUGAAAGGCCCGGAGAAUUUUGGCGACGUCGGCUGCUGGAGUCCACCACUCAGGCGACGACUGGGUCUGGGACCGGCAGCAGACCAACCUCUACUACGACGAAUUCACAAUCUUUUUCUGCAGCUCAGGCGACGAAUUCGCAAUCUUUUUCUGCAGCUCAGGCGACGAAUUCACAAUCACAAACAAGCGCGAAUUAUGACAGCAUGCACCCCCAUAGGCAGCUGGGAUCCCAAACUUCACAAUGGAGUCAACAGGCACAGCACCACCCCAGCCCACCUCCGCAGCAGCAGACACCACGGCGUCGACAACGGUCUGCUCAUGCUCUGCCUUCUCUAUUUUCUUUCUGAAUGCUCUGCUGCAUUUUACUUUUCUUGAGCGUUGUCUAUAACUUUCUAUCCUGGCAUGCUGCGUGAAAUGGUUGAACAGUGACAACCAUGUCGUGAACCGGGAGCUAAAUGUUGCGCGUGGCCGACGAUAAGGACUAACACAGGAAAAGCAAACAUGGCGCCAAGAGACUAAACAAUUUGGGUUAAGUUAUAUUGUUAUAUGUAUGUAUCCGUGUGUAUCUUUUUGAUGCGACAUUAUGAGUAAAUAAUAACGCUCUUUAUCACAAAAAUAUAUAUACCAGGUGGUGUGGGACAAAUAUUCCCUUGUUGUCUUGGUGAUGUACGUAGAGAACCUUUAAUUUAUACACUUAGUUCGGCUUUUAAUUAGUCUAUACACUACUACCUGUAAUGGUUUUAUCAACUAGUAAAUGAAAAAAAAUGAGGGCAGCUCCAACCUCAAAGCUCUGA